UCGCAGCUCCAUGCAUCAACAGGCGGGAUAACUACACACCCACUUCACACCAUCACCCACAACUCGCACGCCCAUUGCCGACUGAAGACCCCUGGUACACAGUUCAGGACAGACACGGACACCACAAGUGUUUUUUAAUAGGCGCACACCCGGAGCUUCGCGGUUUUUUAACAGAGAGUUCCCCGGGAACAUUUAGGCACAUUUCGGGACUUCACGAGACCUUUCCAGAAAAACGAUGGCCAACUCCGGCAUCCAGCUGCUGGGAUUCUUCAUGUCGUUAAUUGGCAUCGUAGGACUAAUCAUCGGGACUAUUCUGCCGCAGUGGAAAAUGUCUGCGUACAUCGGGGACAACAUCAUCACAGCCGUCGCCAUGUACCAGGGACUGUGGAUGUCCUGCGCCUUCCAGAGCACCGGGCAGGUCCAGUGUAAAAUCUACGACUCCAUCCUGCAGCUCGACAGUUCACUUCAGGCCACUCGUGCCUUGAUGAUAGUUGGCAUCAUUGUGUCCGUGGCAGGCCUGGGUGUAGCCUGCAUGGGAAUGAAGUGCACCACCUGCGGAGGGAACGAAAAGCUGCGCAAGUCUCGCAUCGCCAUGACAGGAGGCAUCAUCUUGCUAGUUGGAGGGCUUUGUGCCAUCGUAGCGUGCUCCUGGUUUGCUCAUAAUGUGAUCCGGGCUUUCUAUAAUCCCUACACUCCAGUCAACACCAAGUUUGAGUUUGGCGCCGCCAUCUUCAUCGCGUGGGGCGGCUCCCUGCUAGAUGUCCUGGGCGGAGCCAUGCUGGCGGCUUCCUGUCCACGAAAGAAACAAGUGUCCAAGUACCCGUCCAUGGCCCCUCCCCGCUCCGGUCCGCCGAGCAGCACUAAAGAAUAUGUCUGAGAGUGCUUCCCCCCCAACGCCCCCCACACACAGCUUGGGACACCAACAGAAGCUGACAAAGAUCCCCCCUCCUUUUUGCAGCCGUGGCGAGGAGUAAAAAUGAAGGUGUGAUUCAUACAGGCAAACUGAAAUGGGAUUUUCUUUUCUUUUUCUCAAGGCAGACUUUUGAUAACCCCUUUAUAAUCAAAGGCAGACUUUUGAUAACCCCUCGAUUAUUAUGUGGCACACUCAAUUAUUCCAUGAAUGAUGUCUCUCACCCCGUCCACACAUUCCACAAUUGUUUACGUGAUCUUCACAAAUACAUUGUAAUUGGAUUCCCGACUUAAUAUACAAGCCCUGUGGGUGUAUCCUCUUGAGUUGUAGCCUAAAUGGUGGAUUAGAGCCAAUCUUUGCACCUCCAUGAGAGAACCAGCAUCUAUAAGUGUUUGCCAUGUAAUUGAAAGUAAUCAACUGCAGUUUGGUGUUCAGGCUGCGCCUCAGGGGCUCAGUACGACAGACACAGGGCGUCAAUGCAGCGUCUUGUUUUAACGGUGGGUGGUUCUAAAAUAGACGUUACGAUAAACAGGGUGUGACUUCACACAGGGCUCAGUGUGUAGGAUGGCCUUAUUACACAGGCCUUUUACUACAAUACUCACUACAGGCCCGUUUCAUACCUGUCUGUUACAAACCCAGCUCCAAUAUGAAAUAUUUUAUCAUGCAGUCACUGUGUCAUUAUCCCUCCAAUAGCUUCCAUAUCAGCCACUACAAGAUCAAACUGCCACUAUUUAUUUUUGAUUAAACCUCGGAUGAGGUUUUGGCUCCUGUGUAGGUUUAUACAGUAAGUAGAUCACUGUGGCCCAGUUCCAGCUUUCAGAGUUUUCUAAAGUCAUAUUUUUCUUAAGACGUGUUGUGCUCUGAACAGGAUCGGCUGUUUUUUAUGUCAUAGUUUUAUACACCUGGCUCAUCGUGAAAAGUGAAUGGAUUUUUAACACGUCCAACAGUACUUAAAUAAUAAAGAUAAUGCAACAUUCUUAA